CCGUCGAACCGUGCGUAUCGGAGCUGUUAUCUCUUAUCUGUUGUGUUGUAGUUAUGUACUGAUGUUACCGGUGCACUCCACUCCGACUACACCGGAAGUAGAUUCUUCUCCUCUGCCAGAGAUGAGCGCUCAACAGACAGUCGCAUGGUCACUUCCGUUGUCGCUGUAUUACCGCCAACAGUAUGAACUGCAAGCGAGACUCCUGCCUUAUUUCCAGCUGGCGAAGGCAAAAAGAGAGCUGGGAAGGCCAGUUGAGGACAUGUUAUACCCCCGACCUGAGAAGCCACCGUACUCCUACAUUGCGCUGAUAGCGAUGGCCAUAACCUCUGCGCCCAAUCAGAGACUCACACUCAGCGGAAUCUACCAGUUCAUCAGCGACAGGUUCCCUUACUACCGUCACAACUGCCAGGGUUGGCAGAACUCAAUCCGGCACAACCUGAGCCUCAAUGACUGCUUUGUGCGUGUUCCCCGUGAAAGGGGGAGGGAGGGAGGGGGUAAAGGUAGUUUUUGGACCUUGGACCCUGUUAAGGCUGCCAACAUGUUCGAAAGAGGUAACUUCCGAAGAAGGCGACCUCGACGUCAGAGACAGCCUGAAAUUAUGCCAGUAGAAGUGGAGCUCACAGAACCAGAACAUACAUCUUGGACUCCAUUGAGGGAAGUUGAGGAAAAAACUGAAGAAAAAACUGAAGGAUACCCCGAAGGAAACUCUCAGUCUAUCAAGUCGAAGGCCCAAAGGCAAACCAAGACAUCACUUUUUACCAUUGAAAACUUGAUCAGGCAUUCCAGUGAUAGUGAACUGCCUGAUACUAACGUUCAAGAUAUCAAAGUAGACUAACUACUUACUGUAGGCUGUAAAUUAUUGUAGCACGGUACAACUUAUAUUGCACAGGGCAUUUUUAUCUAUUUACAGUUUCUAAGGAAAUAAUUUAGAUUAGACUUUCCUCGAUUUAUAGCCUUAACAAACUAUCUUGGCAAUUACAAGUUACUGUCUUGGCAAUUACAAGUUAAAUGGAUUUAUAUGUUUUUACAAAAAUUGCAACAUUUCUAUGCUUUGUAGUACCAUUAAAAACAAUAAAAUAUUAACAAAGUAAUAAUAUCUGUAUGUAGGAACAGAUCGUCACUUGUUUUUCAUGUGGUUAUGUUUAAAACUACAUGAAUCAUACACUGUAACGCUCCUUUCACACUAUACGAUUUCGCUCGUACGAGUGUUAAUCGUACGUGCAGAUGAUCGUGGGUCUGUCACUUUCACACUAUACGAUUUGUAAUCGUACGAUUAAAAAAAUCUUAACCCCCACUCCACUAGAACAGAG